CUCCACUCAACAUGAUUCAUAUACCUCGUGCGAGACCAUCUGGUCUCUUUUUCUGCCACGAUGAUUUUGCCUUAUCUCAUGCGCUUGCCCACUCGGAAUGAAACGACAGAGACCGGUCACCUCGUGCCUAAGCUGCAGACGAAGGCGGCUCCGCUGCGACAGAACACAUCCAUCAUGCCAUCGUUGUCGCACUGGUGGUGUGCAAUGCAUAUACGAUGAAAGUGCAAUUCCCGACUCCUUCGACAGGUCAACUGCUGCAGCCGAGCCUUCUCGGAGGGACCAGUCUCGGCCAUUAGCGCCUCAGAAUGAGCCGCAAUCACCUGUGGUUCGGCCACGUAGUCAUGAAACGGGAGCCAUCUCAGUCCACGCCGGCGGCCGCUCGACUUACAUUGGCUUGACCUACUGGGCAAACCCCAUCCCUCCAGAAUUCAAUGACAACCAAGCAUCCGAUGGCGAAGCUCCGACACACGCUUCAAGUCCCUUUCCGCAGUGGCCGCCCAAACAGGACGUGGAGAACCCAUGGGCCGGGCUGAAGUUUCGACCACCCCGUUCAUAUGAUGUUCUGUGGACAAAGGCUGGCUCUAAUAAAUGCAAACUCUGCGGCAAGCGAUAUAACAUCUCCUGCAUCAUGGCCCUCUUACCGACUAAGGAGGUCUGUGAGAAGCUGUGCAGCCUCUUCUUCACCACAGUUUUUCCACUCAUGCCUUUGCUCCACGCCCGAGGGUUCGAAGAGGACUUCACGGGGUUUUGGAACGGAAUGAGUGCGAGAAGUGUGCACAACAGUGAGCCCAGCCUUAUCAUGCGACAGAAGCCAAGCUUCCUAUGUCUGUUGGCCUCGGUUUUGUUCGCCGCGUCAGCAUCAGCGACGAAAUCUCGAGUCAAGUCGUUGUUAGGAGACGAGGACGUCCCGGACACUAAGGACCUCUACUUCAUUGCCAUGGUAUCAGCAACCCUGACUGGCUUUCCGCGUCAGCCGAGUAUAUACUCGCUCGCUGCAUACAUUCUCGCUCAGAGUCAGUUCGUCAGAGAAGAAGAAUUCUCUGACGCUCCUGAUUUUAUCUCAACGUCUUUCCGAGUGGCUCUAGAAACCCGGCGCAGACUUUGGCACUAUAUCUGUCAUUUAGACGUUAUGAGUUCCAGUUCUAGUGGAUUGUCUCCACUCUUCAUCGAUGAUAAGAUGGCGAACACGGAUCCAAUGUCCCAGUACGACCUCUUGGAAAAUGAAGUUGGCUUUGACAGAGAAGUGGACAUACGCUAUAAGGUGGCGUCACAGCGGUAUGAAAUCACUAAAGAGAUCCGAAACAUUCUCAAAUGUCAUUUCGAGGACCACUUCCAAUCUCUUGACCACGUGAACGAUGUGGCCAGAGAACUCAGGGCUGUAGCAGACCGCGCCAGAAUUAGUACAGAAACGCUGCUCAAUGCGAGGUCGAGCUAUUCUGCACUCUCAGCUAUUGAGGCGCGGCCGAUCAUGACCAGGCCAUUUGCCCGGGUGUGGAAGUUACGACCAGACGCCAACGAUGCGGAAGUAGGGGACUUUCUAGCCUGGGCCGCACUCCUUGUGCACUUGAUGGUCCACAAAGCUUACUGCGUGCUGUACCGUCCGCUUUUCAGGGAUCCAUCCUUAGGCUCACAUGAGGUUAUUCGGUCAAAUGCCGUUAAAAACGCCCAAGCCUUCAUCCAGCUCUUCAUCCGCGUCUGUAACGACCCUAUCUCCGAGCCCUUCCACUGGAUGUACCCGGGCACUUACCAGCCUCUGCAGGCCGUGUCACUGUUACUCGCCGACCUACUGCAGCAUCCAUAUAGCGACGACGCCUCCCUAUCUCGCGGCUUGAUCGACGCCAUCUUCGAACUCUACCAAGUCGAUGAGGGUAUAGUCAGCCAGAACGACCCACCGAUACGGCAGCUGUCGCCAUCAGGUCGAGACGCUUGGGCCAUGCUGGUUCGAACACGAAGAAAAGCCCUUGAGCAGACCGGUGUGGAUCAUCACGUCUUGUACCCAUCCUCCCUUGUAUCAUCGAGCACAUGCAUUUGCGGCGAGAGGAUCGCACACGAUAUAACCAGCGGUCCUGGAUCACAACAACACUGGAGCAGCCAUCAUACUCCAGGAGGCGGACGACAGGAUGAAGCGGCGCCCGAUCCAUUGUCCGACGAUCAGGACCCGGCUGGGUUGUCACUUGGUAUCCUGGGGCAAAUGGAUUUCGAUUGGCAUGCCUGGGACAAUGCUUUGGGACCGUCAGAAGGAAUGAUGCCGUAAAAUCGACAAAAUGAGUGAAACUUUGCACAAGAUGUGUCUCCAAACAUCCCCAAGCAAAACCUCUACUACACCAAAACCCCUCCAAGAAGGUAUUCGUAUCCAUGACUCAUGAGGACCGGCCUGCCCGGAUAUCUGUAAGGUGCCCGUUC